AUGGCGGUGUCGAGCAUUCGCUUGUUCGACGCCCACUGCCAUCUACAGGACGCUCGUUUUGGCGCGGGCGAGUUGGACGACAUCCUGAGCAGGAGCAGGGCUGCAGGGGUCAGCCGCAUGGCGGUGAAUGGCUGCUGCGUGGAGGAUUGGCCGCUGGUGCAUGCCAUCGCUGCGGCCCAUGGGGAAAUGGUCGUCGCCAACUAUGGCCUGCACCCUUGGUGGGUCGGCCGGCAGCCCGACCACUGGCUUGACCUGCUGCGGCAGCGCCUGCUGGCCAAUCCCGGGGCUGGCCUCGGGGAGUGUGGCCUGGACAGGAGCAGGAGGGCCCCCCCUUGCCCCUUUGAGGAGCAGGUCUCGGUGUUCAAGGCGCAGCUGCUGCUGGCCCAGGAGCUGCAGCGCCCAUUGUCUGUCCACUGCGUCAGAGCGGUCGGCCACCUGCGCGAGGCGCUGGCCGAGGUGCGCCCGACGGCGCCUGUGCUGCUGCAUUCCUGGUGCGGCGCAGCCGAGGACGUGCGUGCCAUCGCCUCCGCACACCCCUCCGCCUUCUUCUCCGUAUCGGGCGGUAUAUCAGCACUGCCCCCCGCCAAGGCCAUCCGCACGCUGCGCGCCAUCCCCGCCGACCGCCUGCUGCUGGAGACCGAUGCCCCCGACGGCGGGCUGCGCCUGGGCCCCGCGUGGCUCGAGGCGCUGCCAGGAUUUGCACGCUCCGCGCCCCCUUGCCCGGAGCGCCAGGAGCCCGCGGGGCUGAGGCGGAUGCUGGCCCUCGUGGCUGCCGCGCGGGGCGAGGGCGAGGUGGGCCUCGCAGCGCUGACCUGGCGGAACGCGUGCGCCGUCUUCGCCGGGCUUCCCGCCGCCCGCUAG